AUGGCUAAAGGAAAGAACAAAACCAGAGAUUAUCUCAAAAAAGAAUCCUCCGCUCCAAAAUAUGCUAAAAGAAGGAAACGUCAAGAAGUCAAACACUCUGGCCAGUCACAUAUGAAGAAGUUCCCUAUCAAAUUAGCUAUGUGGGAUUUUGAUCAUUGUGACCCAAAAAAAUGCAGUGGUAAAAAGCUAGAAAGACUAGGCCUUAUGAAAGAUCUUCGAAUAGGACAGAAAUUCCAAGGUAUCGUAGUGACACCAAAUGCCACUAAGGUAGUGAGCCCAAGCGAUCGAUCACUUGUCGAAGAGAUUGGAGUAGCAGUAGUCGAAUGCUCGUGGGCUCGACUUGAAGAAAUUCCAUUUAGCAAGAUAGGUGGGCGCAACGAAAGACUUCUUCCUUACCUCAUUGCUGCCAAUCCCGUGAAUUACGGAAAACCAAUGAAAUUGAAUUGCAUGGAAGCCAUAGCAGCUUGUCUUAUUAUUGUUGGACGCAUGGAUCUUGCUCUAGAAUUGCUACAGCAUUUUUCUUAUGGAGCGGCUUUUAUUGCAAUCAACCAAGAACUUUUCGAUAUAUAUCAGAAAGGAUCGGACUCGAGUUCAAUCCUCGAAAUGGAAAAAAACUUUCUUGAGACAAUGGAGAAAGAGAAGAAACACAGAAAGGCAACAAAAUCCACCCUUGAUUGGUGGAUGAUGGGCAAUCCUAAUAGAAAGCGUUCGGACAAUGAGAGCGAUGACGACUGUGAUAAAUUUGGAGAUGAUAACGGGUCUGACCAUGAAAGUGAUGACGAUUGUGAUAAUCCUCAAGACGAUGACGGGUUUAACGAAGAUCGAGAAGAAGAAGAAGAAGAAGAAGAAGAAGACCAAGAGCUUGAGAUAGAUUUAGUCAAAACAUUUUCACUCAAACAAAAUGGAACUGCCAGUUUGAUACAGAAGAUUGAAAACAUCAAAAUUUAA